GGAACCAAAGGCGGAACAUAUAGGAUUCAUAGAGCAAUUACGCGUGAAGCUGGUUUCUUUGUAUAUAAAUUAUAUUUCUUGAAACGAAAAAGACCCAAUGAAAGAGAGAGAAGACUUCUUCGCGAAAAUUUCAUCGGCUCUUUGUGGCUUCUGAUUGAAGCAAAUAGGGUUUUUUUCCGAGAUUGUGUAUAUUUGGAAAAUUACACAGGGAAUCGAGGGAAUUCGUCGACUUUGAUGGAAAAGUUCUGCUGCUUUAGUUCCGCCUCCGAGGUUGUAGGAGGGCAAGCGUCAUCUCGCUCGGGUAAAGGAAAAAGCGACGAAGGGGAAAUCAAGUAUGGUUUUAGUCUAGUAAAAGGAAAGGCCAACCACCCGAUGGAAGAUUAUCAUGUUGCCAAUUUCAUCAAUAUCAAAGGCCAUCAGCUUGGACUAUUUGCAAUUUUCGAUGGCCACAUGGGAGAUAAGGUCCCUGCAUACUUGCAGAAGCAUCUCUUCUCCAAUAUCCUGAAGGAGGGAGAGUUAUGGGUUGAUCCUCGAAGAUCUAUCGCAAAAGCUUACGAAAAGAUGGACCAGACGAUCUUAUCUCACAGUUCUGAUUUGGGUCGAGGUGGGUCCACAGCUGUGACUGCAAUCUUGAUGAACGGGAGAAAGCUGUGGGUAGCCAAUGUUGGCGACUCACGAGCAGUUGUUUGUCGAGGAGGCAAAGCAAUACAGAUCAGUACAGAUCAUGAACCGGGAACUGAAAGGGCGAGCAUUGAGUAUAGAGGCGGAUUUGUUUCCAACCUGCCAGGGGAUGUCCCUCGGGUCAAUGGUCAGUUGGCUGUAUCUCGUGCCUUUGGAGACAAGAGCCUCAAAACACAUCUGAGUUCAGAACCUGACAUAAGGGAAGUCGCCGUAGAUAGCAACACAGAUAUCCUUAUUCUGGCAAGUGACGGCCUGUGGAAGGUGAUGUCAAACCAAGAGGCAGUUGACGUGGCAAGAAGGUUGAGGGAGCCGCAGAAGGCAGCCAAGGAGCUAACGGCUGAAGCGUUGAGAAGAGAGAGUAAAGACGACAUAUCAUGCAUCGUCGUUAGAUUCAGAUGACAACUCUGACAGGUAGUAAACCCGUAUCUCGGAUUGAGAAACGCAGCAGAGUAACAGAAAGCAACACCGAUACACAUUCUAGAGAUGGAAG